AUGUCUAAUUUUGACUUAAGAGUAAAUUACAUUCUUCUUCUUUUUGUUCUUGAUCUUCAUUUCUUCUUUUUCUUCUUCUUCUUUUUCUUCUUCUUUUUCUUCUUCUUCUUUUUCUUCUUCUUCUUCUUUUUUCUGCUGUUCUUUUUCUUGUUCUUGUUCUUCUUCAUUAUUCUUGUUGUUAUUGUUCUUCCUAUUUUUCCUUUGCUUCUUCUUUUUCUUCUUCUUUUUCUUCUUCUUUUUCUUCUUCUUUUUCUUCUUCUUCUUUUUCUUCUUCUUCUUUUUUCUGCUGUUCUUUUUCUUGUUCUUGUUCUUCUUCAUUAUUCUUGUUGUUAUUGUUCUUCCUAUUUUUCCUUUGCUUCUUUUUCUUCUUCUUUUUCUUCUUCUUUUUCUUCUUCUUCUUUUUCUUCUUCUACUUCUUUUUCUUCUUCUUUUUGUUCAUUCUGUUUUUCUUCUUCUUUUUCUUCUUCCCUUUGUUCUUCUUUUUGCUUUCUUUUUGUUGUUGUUGCUCUUCUUUUUCUUCUUGUACUUUUUGUUGUUUUUCUUAUUCUUCCUCUUGUUCUUGUGCUUCUUCUUCUUCUUCUUCUUCAUGUUCCUCUUCUACCCCUUUUUUCUUGUUCUCCUUGUCUUUGUUAUUAUUGCUGUCCUUCUUUCUCCUCCUUCUCCUCUUCCUUCUUUUGCCUUCUUCUAUACUGA